AUGGCGACUAGGAUAUCUUUCGGCAAUCUCCAAAGUAAUUCACAAUCCCCUACAAAUAGCUAUGCUAGAAAAAGUAUUACCGAAGAGAAUGACUCUAUCAAAAAUCUUGAUACUGAGGAUGAUGAUAGUAUUUAUGAAAAAUUCAAACCAUCUUUGGCUGAAGACUAUAAAGCUGGCUUCUUUUAUAAAGAUAUUGCUACACAAACCGAAACAUCAGAAAUUGUUGAUAUCAAGGAAAUGACAACAGUAGUACAAGAUUUAAUUGAGGAGUUAGACCGAUUGAAAAGAGAAUUUCGUUUGACUAAACAUAAUAUGCUAGCAGAUUAUGAAAAUAGAUUAGAACAGCGUUCACUAGAAUUAUAUUGUCGCGUUAAUGAUAAAGUGGAAGAAUUAGAAAAACUUCAUAAACAGAGAGUUGAAGUCGUCAGGCAUAGUUGUCGGCAACAACUAUCGAAUGCUAUCAAGCAAAUUGCAAUCGAUCAUAGUGAUUUUUUCGAUGAUCAGAUAGAGGCAGAGACUGAUCGAUAUAAGAAAGCAAUUAAAGAACUUGAAGAACAGAUUAAAGACCUUAUCGAUGAUGCUGGUGACGAUAAUGAUAUUAUUAAACGAUUACAACACGAGUUGGAAGAAGCGCGCCAAGAGGCUCAACAUAACCAAAUGUUAUAUGAGGCUGCCGCAGAUGCUCCUCUACCUCCAGAACCUGAUAAUACAGAAAUUGAAGAAUUAAAUGCUAUAGUCAACAAGCUAGAAGAAAAGAUUGAUGAGAUGGCAAAAGAGAUAGAUCGAAAGAAAAGAGAAAAGAGUAAAAUAUCUUUAGAGAAGGAUUUAGUUACCGAAGCUCUGAACAAAGAGCAACUGAAAGUUCGUCAGCUGCAAAAUGAAAUCGAUCUAAUCAGAGCAACUAGUGAGAAAGAAAAAGAAAAAAUUAUGGAAACUUUUAGUGAAGAAAAGAAGCAACAUGAAAAAGAUAUGAAACGCCAUAUUGAUAAAAUUACGCAGGAUAUGAACGAACAGAUAGAAAGAGAACGAUCUGCGUUACAAUCCCGUGAAAAGGAAGCUUUCAAUGCGGCAUUAUCUCAAAAGAAAAUUGCCGACCGACGAUUACUGAUGGAAAGGAUUGAACGUAGUCCUGUUACUGCUGACGAUAGAUUAACGAUCCAAAAGUUAGAAGGAUUAGUACAGCGGCAACGAAACGAAAUCAUCAGACUGGAAAAGGAAAUACGAAGAAUCAAUAUGACAUGGGAAAAGAAAACGACCGUAAUUCAGCAAACUAUGAUGGCACUAAAAAAUGAGAGCUUUUUAAGGGCUUCGCUUCAGCGUCAAGCAGCAACAUUACAUCCUGCUGGUGUCGCCUACUUGGUUGAUAAUAACAAUUCAACUGAAACACAUAAAAAGCCACUGCCAAAUAUUCGUCAAGAGCUGCCGCAAUCUGGGGUUCAGUCCGGGGUUCAAUCUGGGGUUCAAUCUGAAUGGCUUACUGAUCAAUUGGCCAACAGUAUAGAAAAAGCUGGCCCGGAAUAUUUAGAUGAAGAGUAUCCUAUUUUUGACUUGGGACGAAGACAGUCCGUAGCUGGUGACACCGCCAGUAACGCUGAGGAUAGCCUUAGCGCAAAACUUGCACCACAAAACCAGACAUCAGUUGGAGUUAAUUCCUAG